AUUGGAGGUGGGGCAGGGCAGCAUAUUGCAACACGGAGCCGAGGGGUGGAUCUCCCGGGCGGUCUAUAAAGGAGAAAGCGCAACUUUUAUAGCGGAGGAAACUUUCCCCGACUCAGCUCCACGGAAAUCUAUCUCGACUCAGGUCAGCGCGCAACAGGUGUCGCUUUAUUUCCCCCCUGUAUGGACGUUGUGUGAAAGCUCCCAACUUGUUUGGCUCGCGGGUCAAGAAACUUAGAAGAAGAAGAACCAAACAAAACAAAAAAAACAGCUGAAAAGCUCAGUAGCGACAUGUCCCAACUUAGACCCAGGCUGUGCGUGCUGGAGAAGGGCCCCAGCGGUUACGGGUUCCACCUGCACGGAGAGAAGGGCAAAACCGGGCAGUUCAUUCGGCUCGUGGAGGACGACUCCCCUGCCUCCGCGGCCGGGCUGCUCGCGCGAGACCGGCUGGUGUUCGUGAAUGGGGAGAGUGUGGAGGGCGAGAGCCAUCAGCAGGUGGUGGCGAGGAUACGGGCGACCUCCGGGGCUCUGGAGCUUAUCGUGGUGGACCCCGAAACGGCGGAGCUGCUGAGCAAACACAACCUGCAGUGCCGGAAAGAAUACGUCACGGAGGGUAUUCCCCUUCCUCGCGGGGACAGCGACUCGGAGCGCGAGGACACGCGCAGAAACGGCACCCCUAUCCCGCGUGAAAAUGGGGACACGUCCUCGGUGAGGUCGGGGAGUGUCAGCUCCAGCACGAAGAUGGAGAGGGACGGGCCGCGGCCUCGUCUCUGCCACAUGAAGAAGGGCUCCGGCGGCUACGGCUUCAACCUGCACAGUGAGAAGAACAAGCCAGGCCAGUUCAUCCGAGCCGUGGACGAUGACUCCCCAGCGCAGAGAGCCGGCCUCCGGCCGCAGGACAAGAUCAUCCAGGUCAACGGCGUGUCGGUGGUCGGGAUGCAGCACUCCGAGGUGGUGGCGGCCAUUAAAGCCGGCGGGAACGAAACCACCCUGCUGGUGGUCGACGCCGAGGCGGAGGAGUUCUUCAAGAGGUGCAACGUCCUGCCCGGCGAGGAGCACGUCACUGGACCGCUUCCUGAGCCCGCGUCAGAGAGAGGAUCAGACGAGGAGGCAGCCUCGCAGCUGAAGUCCAAACUGUCUGUGAGCUCCCGGGCCUCCAGUGUCUCGUCCAACGCCUCCCAGCCGGCAGCAGAUCGCAGCGCAUCGCCGCCACAGGUGGAGAAGGUGGAGAAGGUGGAGAAGGCCCUGGAGCCCGAGCCGUCCUCGACAGCCAACACCUUGGCCCUGAGCUUGUCUCUUGCCCAGGCCAAAGAGCGAGCUCAUCAGAAGCGAGCCGCUAAGAAAGCCCCGCAAAUGGACUGGAGCAAGAGGAACGAACUGUUCAGCAACUUAUAAACGUUGUCGCCGUCAUCGCCUCCCUGGGGCUCUGUGCUGCCCUCCAGUGGAGAACUCAGAGACAAUCAGCCUCUCAUUCCGAGUGCGUCUGCCGCUGCGAGGAUCCCGCAGUCUGACGGACGCCACUCAUCUUAAACCCACGUUUAACAGUAUUACGUCAUGAUUUGAUUGUUUUAAUUUAGAGAUUCGUCCACUUUUCUUUCUUUCAUGUUUUAAUGACGGCUGGACUGCCAGCAUUUCACACGGAAAUGAAUGUUUCUAGCUUAUGAAGAGUAGAGGUAGUCGCGUUCAGUUUCUCAUGAUGAGGAGCGCGGGCUUAAUAGCGGGACGUCGGGAAGACUGAUUGGCAGAUUCUGCAUCACAAAUCUGGAGAAGUGAGUGAAUCGGUAUACAUUUCCUCCAGUCAGUAACCACUGGGACCUUUACGUUUUAUGUUCUGAUGUCUGAUUCCAUUGUAUGAGAUUAUUGUUUUUGUCGUCUUUGAUAAACAUGUAUAUAUACAAGAAUGAGCGGAUGAGGAGGACGUUUUAGCCGUUCCAGCGCUUUCUGUUGAUUCUGCUGCAAAUCGGUUCAUUUUUAAAGCUGCGCCUGUCGGUCCGGGCGUCGACCACAGGAGGUUUUUAGAAGGAAAAAACAAAAACAGUAUGUUCUGAUGUUUCUGUGCUCUAGAAUGUAAUGAUGAAAAAAUAUAGCAUUUGGAUCAAACAAA